GAAUGACAGAUACAGAAACGUCGCGAAGCGAAGAAGAAAGAACUUGCUUCCAUUGCUUUUCAUGAAAAGUGUAAACAUUAGUGCAUUUAUCGUUGCAAUAACAAAUUAAUGGCAUAAAAUAGUGUGUGAUAGUGCUAUAAACAUGGAUAUCAUAUCGUCAGGGGAUUUUAAUCUCAUCAAUCUUCCUGUGGUGGUGUUAGAAAAAAUAUUUUCAUACCUUACGUAUGAUGAUAUCGCAAAGAAUAGAUUGGUAUCGCAGACCUUCAACGAGAUGGGCAUGCGGUUACUAAACCGUGGCUUCGUGCUCAUCGAGCGACGUCAUGCGCUCGCGCUCAAGGCGGUGAAAGCACAACUGCCUCGCAGAGAGUCCGAACGCAGAUACCACCCGCUAGCCCGGCACAGUGACAUCUUGACUUCCUUAGAAACUCGCAUAUCGAUGCUUAACAUGACGUACACAAAGUUCAUAGACAACGGCAUCUGCUGCUUCAUACCUGGCAAGGUGAUAGACGAAAUGCGCCGCGUUCUCUCCAUAGUGGAAACGACCAAAACGCCGCCGCGAGCGCACGAAGUAUUGCAAGAGUUGCGCGACAUAUCCAGCAUGGCCAUAGAGCAUUUCGAUGACAAGAUAUCGCCGGCGUUUAGGAAAAUGCUGCAGGAAUCAGUACCGCAACCAGUGGCCAAGCCUUCGCAUUCAGUGUUGGGUCCGCUGGUGCUCCGCAACGAGAUCAUAGCGUUGCGGAAACGAUCCGUGCUCAACGCCAAGCUGUCUCUCUACCUCGCGGCACACUACAACAAGGUGUUUAAGAAGAUGGAGGAAUACAAGAAAGUAGCGGUGAGGCAGCGCAAGGUCAUCAGGUAUCUCACGAGGAAGAGCCGGGACCACGAGGGGGCCAUCGCUGAGCUAAAAAAGCGGAUUGAAGAAUGUGAUAUUAAGUACAGUGAGCUCACUCACACAAACCAAGCAGUGGGAGGGAAAGCUAUCGCUGGCACAUCGGCAGACGUCGCAUCAACAUCGGCGCAGCCGCUGCGGCACUUCGGCAGCCAGAUCAAGCUGGACCUCUCGGUCCUGCCCAUCGGGACUUCCAAACGGAGUCAGGCCAAAAUGUUGCCAAACAUCAAACCGCGGAAGCCUCUCAUCAAACUGCCGAGUCUAUCCGAAGAGGAUUCCGAACCGCCCCCGAAGAAAUCCAAAAUGGACGACAAUCCAGACCCACCAACAUCCAUUAACAAAAAAAACCAGUGCACAAUGGCCAAAAUACGGGGCAUCACAAAAGAAAUACGGAAUUUAAGUAACCUCAACAUUGAAACGAAAUUGAAACGCCCAGUUAGUUUAACUGCGUUGGAUUUGUUCGAGAUUGAGUGCAAGAAACAGAAGCUGGAUUAGUUUUAAACCCAUUUACAUGUAUGGCAUUAUACACAUGACUAGUGUGUAACAAAGUCGGUAUAAAAAAGGAAAUACGGAAUUUGAGUAAUCAACAGUGAAACGAAAAUGAAACGCCCACUAAGGCCCAGAACAGACGGUGAAACGCAACUGCAACGAAACUGCAACUUUGUGAUGAUUCUGAUGACUGAAACUGAAAGUUUCAAACUGGUCGCGU